UGUUGCCAGCACUGGCUGGACGACAAGUCGAUGUCAGUGCAAUCUCUACAGCUGCGCCGUCAAUAUCGUGACGCUGUGCGUGUCCCAAAUGUACGAUCAUCAUUUCAAAAUCGCCGCGUGAGGUUAUACAUUUGAAGAAGAAGAAAUUAUGUUACGGAACGUGUAAUACAGAAAUUUUUUGUGUUUUUGUGUGACAAUAAAAAAAAUUCUCUCUCACGUGGUGCAAAAGGAAUUAGAAAUAUUCUUCUUUUUAGCUUUUUUUCUGUUGUUUCUUUUGGGCGAAUACGGGCGUGGUGUGUUUUUUUGUUUCGACAAUUUUUUUUUUUUAAAUUUCAUUUUGACAUUUUUUUUGUGUGUGUAUUGCGGGGGAUUUUUUUUUUGACAGAAUAAGAAACAUUUUAAAUGUGUGUUUUUGUGGUGGAAUUAUUGCCCCCACUGAAAGUGUUCCCGGCCAUUUAGACGGGAGAUAGAUAGAGUGAGUGAGAAAGAGAGAUUCCGGAGAGUCAGAAAAUAGGAAGGAUCUGUGGUUGGUGUCUUGGCUACGGAUCUUCGUCAAGUUUUUUUUUCUCGAUUUUCUUUUACCUUUUUUUUUUGUUCAUUGUGCUAAGUGUUUGGGAUUUUUCCCAUGAGAGGCACUGAGUGUCCAUGGGGUCCCUGUCCGUGAAGGUGCUAGGCCGAUGCACAGAGAACGGCUGACUCGAGUGUAAAAAGAGAGAGAGAGAGAGAGAGGGAUAAAAGUGUCAAAAGUGAAGUGAGGUUAGGCACAUUUCGUUUAGUGUGGGAGCCAAGCCAAGCCAAAAAGAAAAGGAAAAUAAGGAAGAAAAAAAAAGAGAGUAAAAAUCGGUUUGUAAAAGAGAGUCAUGUGGAUGCCCUGCCACCAGCACCGUUGGCAUCCACGGACAUUGUGUGUUGUUUGCGGCAGAUGUCGCACCCUGUGUGACUGUGGUGCUCGCCGCCGGCACCAGUGGCGCUCGCGGCGGCCCCAAGUGUUUGGUGAGUGGACGACAGCUGGACGUCAACCAACGACAAAUAAACUACAAGUGCUUUCGUUAAGUUUGAUCGAAACAUUUGACAGGUGAACUUGGUGCUUUCUGUGAUUAACCCAAAAAAAAAAAAAAUUAAUAAAAAAAAUUUAAAGAAGUAAAAUAGGAAAGUGUGAAGAAGAAAAAAAUCUGUGUGGUUCAGUUUUUUUUUUAAAUAGCAAAAGAAAAAAUAAAAAAAAUAAGAAUAAGAAAAAGAAACAAAAAGUGAAGUCAGUGUUUAGACAAAAGAAGAAAAAGUGAAAAAUUUUAAAAAAGUGUAACAGAAAAAACGACUUGAAAAAAGAAUAAAAAAAAAACACAAAGUAAAGAAAGAAAGAAAGAUUGUGUGGAAAGUAUUGUGGAACAACGAUUAUGCCACACACCAGCCAUACGGCACAUGCCGGACAUCCUGGUGCGUCCUCUGGUGACGACUUGGGCAGCACGGACGAAGUGAAAGUGUUCAAGGACGAAGGUGACAGGGAGGAUGAGAAGAUAUCUUCGGAGAAUCUACUUGAGGAAAAGUCAAGUCUCAUUGAUUUGACGGAGAGUGAGGAGAAAAGUGCCAAAAAUUCCAUUAGGCCAGACCAUAGUCCUGUUUUUGGAAAAGUCGAGCCUCAUGCUUCAACAUUCAACAUGGGAUACCUUGUAUCACCGUAUUCUUAUACAAAUGGAGCCGCUGGUGGCCUUCCUGUCUCAAUGGCCAACAAAAUGGGGCUACCGCCGUUUUUCUGUCACAACGGCGAUCACCUGACAACACCUCCGCCGGCUCAUUGCGGCAUCCCACCGUACCAGCUCGAUCCCAAGGCAAUAGGAUUGACCCGGCCGGCUAUUUACUCAUUUCCGACUAGUCAGUAUGCAUACCCAAUGCUGAGUCCCGAUAUGUCCCAAGUGGCAUCGUGGUGGCGCUCUUUCAGGCACACACCAUCCGUCUAUUCGGCCACAUCGGGCUUCAGGAGUCCCUAUCCAUCGUCCCUUCCCAUCAAUACCACUCUCUCAAGUGAUUUCUCCUUUCGCUUCUCACCGACCAGCCUCCUGCCGGCCGUUCAUACACCACCCCACCAUGUUCUCAAUUCCCAUCCUGCCAUUGUGACACCAGGACCCAAACAGGAGGUCUCCCAGGACACCAACCACCGAUAUAGGUCAGUUGAUCAGAAAAGUAUAGGUGGUGGUGGUUCAGUUAGUGGCGCCACCGGUGGUGGCGCCACUGUGACGUCGGACGGAAAGGAUUCCAACGAGAAGAAGAAGCCCCACAUCAAAAAGCCCCUCAAUGCCUUUAUGUUGUACAUGAAGGAAAUGCGUGCCAAAGUGGUUGCCGAGUGCACCCUCAAAGAAUCAGCGGCCAUUAAUCAAAUUCUCGGACGACGGUGGCACUCACUGAGCCGAGAUGAACAGAGCAAAUACUAUGAAAAAGCCAGACAAGAGCGACAGUUGCACAUGGAAUUAUAUCCGGGUUGGAGUGCACGCGACAACUAUGGUUACGGUUCGAAAAAGAAAAAGCGCAAAAAAGAUCGAUCACCCGCGGAUUCGGGAGAAUAUAAAAUGAACAACUAGCAAAUAGCCAACUUUUACAGCCUCGACAGACCUGAUGAUUAGCCGAGGGACGACUUAUACAGGCCUUCAGACUUUAACAAAAUCAGUUGCUGUUGAAGUAUAAUAGCAAUAGCAAUUACCUUAGCGUAAUUAUAUUAGAAAUAAUAAUUAAAUUUCCAUCAUUCACCACUAAGCAGUCUUUCGGAUUAAGUAGUAAGUGUCUCUAGAACAUUACAGAAGAUUUAUAUUUGCCAGUAAAUCAAUUUAACUUCACUUUCAUCCUAUUGUACCUCAAAUGAAUGGAUUCGAAAAUUGAAAUUCACAAAGAAUACUUGAAAUGGUCCUACUAAUUGAUUUCCAUUGCGGAAUUUGCAAAAUCUCGACAAAAAAAUUUUUGA